AUGAGAAGAGCAAAGAUCAGGAACGGAACCAUUUGGUCAGCUGAAAAUGUCGCAAAAAGAAUAUGUGAUUCCCGAAAAACUAUCCGACGCAGCUCACUGGUAGAGCGGCCGGUAACGAUGAAAGGAAAAGUCGGUAUUGCGCCCCUUGGAAGUGCAUCUCCGCAUGGUAUAGCGGGUACACGCGAUCGCUGCUGCGAUAAGCGCUUGACGGGUUAUACUCGUGCCUCGCGAGUGUGGGAUCCAUCGCUCUACGUCGACUUGCGACAAUACGACUCUAGUUUCUACCUAUGCGAAAGCUUAGUGUCGGAGGGCAUCAAACGAUGGAAUGUCUGCGACUGCGGAUAUGGACCUUCUGUUGCAAACAUGUAG